UGUCAAAAUCUGUUUUUCUCUUUCAUCACAAAAUUUAUUUCUUCGUGGUGAAAUGUUCAAAGUGAAAUGCAACAAUAAACAGUCUUGGAAUAUCGAGCAAAUAUCCUAGUGCAGAAAAGUGACGUGUUCGAGAAGCUGUUUCUAUCGACGAAAAUUAACUUCCACUUUCAAUGGCUUAUGCCAGCUGUUUCUCCGGAAACUUUUGUUCAAAAGCAAAGUAAAGCAAGCUAACUACAAUGGCCACCCCGGAAAAAGAUAACUGUUCCUCCACUAACUCAUCGUCGCCGUCGUCACACUAUGCUUUGCACGUAGCACUGCAGACGAUGAAGGACCGCUGUCAGACUUUGCAAAAGCGACUGAGCGCCCUGGAGGAGGAAAAUCUCUCGCUUCGUAUGUCCAAAACUACCAUCCAAAGCACCGAUGCAGCGCACUGUUCCGAAUCGGAACGUCGAGUUUCGAACCAAUCCGAGCUGGAGGUGCUGCGCGAGAAAGUUUCCGAACUGUCUCGCCAAAAGGUCCAACUGAUGGAUCACAUAUCGAUGGUGGCCGCCGAGAAUCGACAACUUUGGGGUCGUCUUUCCAAGCUGACCAAGGACGCCCAAACGUUGGGCGAGUCGGUUGGACGGAUGAAGGAUUCGUCCGUUCCAGCGACGGUGCUGGGUGCUUCCCAGAAUUUAAUACGAUCGAAAACGUUCACGAAAAAUGCACCGAACCCUAAGCUGCGGGAUAGGUUGCCCCGGGAGGGGGGUGAUGGAGGAUCUUCCACUUCGGAGGAGGAAAUUAAUUUGGAUUUGGAGGAUGUGUCGCUGUUGAACAAUUGUGGAUUUGUGGAUAGUGGUGCGGGAGGUGAGAUGGGAUAUCUACAGCAAGACGGGGAGGAUUUGCUGCUGUUCGACGUGGAAAAUAAUCCGGAUGCGAAGCGGUGCACGGAAGGAUUGCUGGAUAUUCAGAAAGAGUUGCUGCGACAGCAGACGGUGCUGAAGGUCGCCCUUGGAAAGUUGCAAAUUACGAGAGAAACAUGUCAAUCAUGCAAAAAAUGUAACACAAACAGCAAACCGCAGAUGGUGGACAAAACUGUGGAAGUUGGCAAUGAUCUACCGAAGCAAACCUCGACUGAAGAUUUUCCUCUGCCGGAGAUCCCGAAGGUUGCUGCUGCUGCUAUGGAAACGGUUCCUGCUGUGAAGCUAAACGCUGCAGCAGAAACGGAAGCCAGUACGCUGAAGUACGUGAACCUGCUGCAGGAGAAGAUUAAAGCGGAUGCCCUGGAUAAGAUGUGUCCGAUGUGCGGCAAAAUCUACGUGAAGAACAGUCCGUUCGAUGAGUUCCAGGAGCACGUCGAGUCACACUUUAUCGAUACCGACAACGAGCUGGACCUGAGCCUGGAUCGGACCUACGAGUACAUUUCGCAGACCGUGGGCAACUUUUGACCUGACGCCGAGCGGAGGAUUUAUUUUUUCAGUGAACUGUGAACCUUUCGGGAUCCUCCUCGUUUCGGGUUUUAUUUUUUUCGUUUUCGGUAAGAUUUUAAUACGGUUGGUUGAACUCAUGAAUGAUGAGUAUGCUGUUGGACUACUAUAUAACACUUAUGGCUUAUCUGUAAUCAAUUUUAGAUUUAGUACCGAUCAGUGAGCGACAAUGUGGCGCUACCAUAGCUCUGGCAUAUUUUAUAUUUACCGUUGAUGCUUCUGUAGCAUAAUAAAUUAUCCUAAGCGAUUGCAAGAGAUGUUGUCCUUAUGAAAUGGCGUGAAAGAAUACGUUUAUGAAGAUUCAAGGUCGGCUCCACGCUG